CGGUCUUUCGCUUUCGCCUUGCUCCCCAGAGGCUAGCGCAUAGUGCACAUUACGCAGACUCCUGCAGGGCAUCGCAACAAACCUGCGGGCGCUUUCUCUGCCAGCCUCGGAAAGUUUGUCCCCAGGGCCUGGCAGUGGCGGCUCCAGAUUCACCCGGCUCCAGAGCAGGAAGACCUGAGAGGACCUGGUGUGGCCCGGCGUGGGGUUGGGGUGGGGUUCUUCUCUCUUGAGCCCCGAACUCCUACAUCCCGAGUUCCCGAACUUGUCCCCUGAAUUGGAGAAAGACCUCCCUCCACCGCACCCCCAGCGGCUGAUCGCCACCUUCUCUCUGGCAGCCUAGAGUGAAGAGGGGAGUCAGAGAGAUGUUGUGGCUGUGGUUAGGGCUCAGCGGGCAGAAGCUCUUGCUUUGGGGUGCAGCGAGCGCAAUCUCCGUGGCCGGUGCCACUAUCCUGCUCAACGUCCUGCAGAUGUUGGUAAGCUAUGUUCGGAAAUGGCAGCAGAUGCGGCCAAUCCCAUCGGUGGCCCGCGCCUACCCCUUGGUAGGACACGCGCUGUUAAUGAAGCCCGGCAACACAGAAUUUUUUCAGCAGCUAAUUAAGUACACAGAAGAAUUUCGACACCUGCCGAUCAUUAAACUUUGGAUUGGACCAGUGCCCCUGGUGGCACUUUAUAAGGCAGAGAAUGUGGAGGUGAUUUUGACCAGCUCGAAGCAAAUCGAUAAAUCGUUUCUGUACAAGUUCCUACAGCCAUGGCUGGGACUGGGACUUCUUACAAGUACUGGGAGCAAAUGGCGAACCAGGAGGAAGAUGCUAACGCCCACUUUCCAUUUUACAAUUCUGGAGGAUUUCUUAGAUGUCAUGAACGAACAAGCAAAUAUAUUGGUUAAUAAGCUUGAAAACCACGUCGACCAAGAAGCCUUUAACUGCUUUAUUCACAUCACUCUUUGCGCUCUGGAUAUAAUCUGUGAAACAGCAAUGGGGAAGAACAUUGGAGCUCAAAGUAAUGGUGAUUCUGAGUAUGUCCGUACGGUGUAUAGGAUGAGCGAUAUGAUAUAUAGAAGAAUGAAGAUGCCCUGGCUUUGGUUUGACCUUUGGUACCUUAUGUUUAAAGAAGGGCGGGACCACAAAAGGGGACUCAAGAGCCUACAUACGUUCACCAACAAUGUCAUUGCUGAACGGAUCAAUGAAAGGAAGGUGGAGGAAGACUGCACCGGUGCUGGCAGGGGUCCUAUGUCCUCCAAGAAUAAGCGCAAGGCUUUCCUUGACUUGCUUUUGAGUGUGACUGAUGAGGAAGGAAACAGAUUAAGUCACGAGGACAUCCGAGAGGAAGUUGACACCUUCAUGUUUGAGGGUCACGAUACCACUGCUGCUGCAAUAAACUGGUCCUUAUACCUACUGGGUUCCAAUCCAGAAGUCCAGAGGAAAGUGGGCAAGGAGUUGGAUGAUGUGUUUGGAAGAUCCCACCGCCCUGUCACCUUGGAAGACCUGAAGAAACUUAAAUAUCUGGAUUGUGUCAUUAAGGAGACCCUCCGAGUUUUCCCGUCUGUCCCUUUAUUCGCCCGGAGUCUUAAUGAAGACUGUGAAGUGGCUGGUUACAGAAUCGCAAAAGGAACAGAAGCAGUCAUCAUUCCCUAUGCACUACAUCGAGACCCUAGAUACUUCCCAGAUCCUGAGGAAUUCCGGCCAGAGCGGUUCUUUCCUGAAAAUUCCCAAGGACGCCAUCCCUAUGCCUACGUGCCAUUUUCUGCUGGACCUAGAAACUGUAUUGGUCAAAAGUUUGCUGUCAUGGAGGAAAAGACCAUUCUCGCAUGUAUCUUGAGGCAGUUCUGGGUAGAAUCCAACCAGAAGAGAGAAGAACUCGGCCUGUCUGGAGAUUUGAUUCUUAGGCCAAAUAAUGGCAUCUGGAUCAAGUUGAAGAGAAGACAUGAAGAUGGUCCCUAACUCCAUCCUCCAGCUAAAGAGGAGACAUGAAGAUGGUCCCUAACUCCAUCCUCCAACUGUGACCUUAUCAUGAUGAAGAACAUUCCAAAGAAACAUGGUACCCACAAUUUUUAGAUUAUGAGCUGAAAACUCUGAAUCCUCAAACCUAGCGUUUUUCCUUUCUUGUCCCCAUUGAUCAUGGGACACAGUCUAUCACUGAGAGUUUUUGUAUGUUUGUCACCAGUAUGGAUGCCAUGUCACAACUGGUCUGUCUCCCGAGGGCACUGUUAACUAGCUGAAGUAGCACUGACAUAAACAUGCAAGAAAAAUUAUAACAGAGGGACAUUGGCCUGUCCAAUUCCACUGGUUAGACUCAAAGGUCAUCAUUUAAAUGAAAUCUCAGAAUUAAAAUAUUCUUGUUGACUUGGAAAUUCAUAUAUCAUUUGAAAAUGGUGGGUGAUUAAGCCCUUAGGAUAAUAGGCUUAAGUUUUUGUAAUGUCAUAAAUGCUAUUAGUUAUGAGUAAUUGCCAGAGCACUUUCGAAUUUUAUCAUGAAAGGCAGGUCCCUUGCAUGCACGAGUCAAGUUUUGGUCACCUUGUUAACUGUGUGCUAGAAUCUUCUUUCUGGUCUCGGUGGACACAAUCACUUUAUACAUCUUAUUAUUGGAAGAGAGUCCUCUUCACAACAUCCAACCUCUCACAGAAG